AUGGCAGCUUAUCUGCACUGUGAAGUGUGCAAUGCCUCUUUUCAGCGACCUGGACACUACCAACGCCACCUUCUUACCCACUCCAAAGAGAAGCCAUUUUCUUGCACGGAGUGUGGCAAGCACUUCGCUAGAUUAGAUUCUCUGGGUCGACAUUAUAGCAGACUCCAUCAACGCGUCUCUGAUGAAAGCGUUCCUGUGAGGAACCGCGGUCGGGUGUCCAAAGCAUGCCGCCAGUGUUAUCUUUCCAAGGUCCGCUGCAAUGGAAAACAGCCGUGUCAGCGUUGUCAAAGGAUUAGUGCGGAGUGCUCCUAUGAACACCAUCAAAAGCGCACAUCGGCGGAUCAGCAGUCUGAUCCUGCCGCGGAAAUAGAUGCAAAUUCUUCGCCAUCUACCCAUGUGAGAGAUUUGAUGGAAACGUCCCGCCCAGCUGGAAUUGUUUCCACGCCACCGUCGAUGUCGACUAAGACAUCCACUCAUCAUAGAGAGACCAACUUCACACCAAUGAUGCUCGAUACUAUGCCCAAUGAUGACGGAGAAGACCGUUCCAGCCAUCUCGUAUCUGAUCCGCUCCCGACCACUUGUGACAUCUCACCAGUGUUCUACUCGGAGGCUGCAGACUUCAGCAGUUUUCUAGAUCUCGAUCUUGAUGCAAGCUUAUUUCCCGGCAUCCUAGAUACCGGCCAUUUAAUAGAUGAUUUUAACGAGGGUUUCCCCGCCUCUAUGCAACCAGACCUUCCACUGGCGAGAAUCCCUAACAUGUCGCUACCUCCUGCAGAUGUGGAAGAAAUUUAUGACCGCGCACAUUCCCCGCCCCUUGAGGGAGAAACUCUUGAACCACGACACUAUCAACCGACUACUGACAACUCGGACACAAACCUGUCCUUUCCUGAUAUGGGGAACGCUCCUCUCGAGCAAGUCGAUCAAGAGAACCUGGCUCAUGUUAGCGAUGUACCUGCGACUGUUCUGGACAGUGUGGGUCAACUGGCUGAGACCAUGGAGAACGCACCAAUGUAUCCUCGAUAUGUCGAGCUCAGGCUUCCUCCUAUACAUAUCAUUAAUUCUUGGGUGCAGCUAUACUUCGAAUACUUUCAUCCGUUGUUUCCUUUUUUACAUAAACCGACUUUCAGGGCCCCCGAGACUCACUGGCUACUCAUUUUCGCAGUGAGUGCUAUUGGCGCCCAGUUUUCUGGAUUACCUCAAGCACAGGACUGCGCACAGUCUAUGCACGAGAUGGUGCGACGGCAGUCAACGUAUCUGUGCGAAAACAGAAACAAGUACAGCCGUGAACUUUGGCUAGCACAGGUCGUCCUACUGAAUCAACUGGCAUUGCGAUAUUCUGGCGAUCGGAGGAAUCUAGAACUUGCCGAAAUUUUCCAAGCCCUGCCUGCUACUCUAGCACGUCGCAAGCGCCUGUUUACAAGGAUUGUCUCGUUCGACAAGAUUUCCCAGCUCGAUCGGUCUCUAGAUCAAAAAUGGCAGAUUUGGGCCCUUGAUGAGGGGCGACGGCGUACUGGAUUUGUGAUAUGGCUGGUCGAGGCAGGAUUUCACAACCACUUUGAUCUACCGUCCACAGUGCAAGUCAAUGAGAUGCAGAAUACCUUUCCACAACCCGAAGAUUGUUGGGGAGCCCCAACAGCAGAGAGCUGGGCAACUUUUUCAUUGCGUCAAGAAUCACAUCCCCAUUCUCUUAGUCAGGCUAUAGAUAGCGGUAGUUGGACUGCGAGCUGGAGGAAGACCGGCGUUCUUGGCAAGCAAGCUAUUCUCCAGCAGCUUCUGAACAUUGUCAAUGAUACUCACAGUCUUGAGUUCCAAGAUUCUCACCCUACGCGAAAUGCAGUUGAGGCACUCCGACAUCUUCUCGUGAUCAUUCAGGAAGAAGGAGAGAAGUCAAUGAUGUUAGAGCUGAGGGCACGCAUAGCGUACCGGCUGACCAUUUAUACCGCACUGAUGAUAAAUGAUCUGCCGCGAGGUUCAUUGCUCUCUAUUGCCUUGAAGGUCAAGUACCUGCGGAAUAGUGAGCAGACAGCGCGAUUUGCAACCGACUGGAGUCUUUCGCCAUUGCGCAUGCGGCGCGCGGUCGCGUACGCCGCCGGGGUGAUAGACAUCGCCCGGUCUAAUUACUGCGCCCACUACUCGACCCCUAUUCUCGUCUUCCGGGCCACAUUGGUAUUGUGGCUUUAUUCUGUACUGCGCAGGCCAUUUCAAGAGUCCUCUGUUGAUGCGCCCACCGUGGUUCUUGGACCCUUGAGUCAGGCGCAGACUGACUGGGUUGAGACCGGACGCGGUCGAAUCAAGCUGCCUGCCGUUGGGAGCAUCAUGUCAUCACCUGGCCUUGCCAAACUCCUGGACGAAGCGAUCUCCAUCCUGGGGUCGCUGAAAGCAUGGGGGAUCGGCAAGAUCUAUGCGCAGGUACUCGCCCGGCUGCGUGAGUGA